UGAGGUCGGCGGAAGAAGCGGCGGCGGCGGCGGAGCGCGGGGCCGGGCGGCGGCGAGGGCGGCUCCCCGGCGUCGGGGCCAUGACGCUGCCGGUCUUCUUCGGCUGCGCCUUCGUGGCCUUUGGGCCGGCGCUCGCCCUCUUCCUGCUCACCGUGGCGGCCGAGCCGCUGCGCAUCAUCAUCCUCAUCGCCGGGGCCUUCUUCUGGCUGGUGUCGCUGCUGCUGUCCUCGCUGGCCUGGUUCGUGGCGGCGCGGGCGGGCGACGCGCGGGACGAGGCGCUGCAGCGGGGGCUGCUGGUGGGCGGCGUGGUGCUGUCGGUGCUGCUGCAGGAGGCCUUCCGCUUCCUCUACUACAAGCUGCUCAGGAAGGCCAUUGAGGGGCUGGUGGCACUCAGCGAAGACGGGUGCUGCCCCAUCUCGAUCCAGCAAAUGGCCUACGUGGCCGGCCUGGGCUUUGGGCUCAUGAGCGGGGCCUUCUCCAUGAUCAACCUGCUGGCUGAUUCCCUGGGGCCCGGCACCGUCGGCAUCUAUGGGGAUUCUCAGCUCUACUUCCUGACUUCUGCCUUCAUGACGCUGGUGAUGAUUUUCCUCCACAUCUUCUGGGGGAUCGUCUUCUUCCACGGUUGUGAGACCCGGCAGUGGUGGGAGGUGGCUGCUGUGGUGAUCACACACCUCAUCGUCUCUGGCCUGGUGAGUUGCAGCCACCUGACGUUCUGGAACCCUCUCUACCUGGGCAGCCUCCUCCCCUCCUACCUGCUGAUGGCAGCUGCAGCCGUCUGGGCCUACGUUCUCUCUGGUGGCUCAAAGCAAAACCUCCACCACUUCCUUCUAUGCCUCCGGAGUGGGACGACGCCUCCACCAGGAUCCUGAGCCCCCUGUGGCCCCUCACCCCAGUCUAUGUUGCAGACUCCAGCUGGGGGGGGGGGAGGUGCAGCAGCAGUGCCUUCAUAGGGGUUUCUAGGCCCUGCAAAGGGACCACCGGGACUGUAGGGUCGGAGGUCGGGGCUUGUGCCUGCCCCCCAGUACCUCUCUCAGGAAACUUUGCAGUAGAAGCUGCCUGGCUUCUGCCCCACAGCUCAGCUGCCUUCCUGUGUCUCUGGGGCAAAGGCAGCCCAGCCCCCCAGGGGCUCCACAGGUUCCAGCGGAUUGACGUUGCUUGCGUGCCACACAGGGCUGGCACUGAGAUGGGGGUGGGCCAGGGCCGGCGAGGCAGAGCGCCAGGUGGAGGUUACAAGGGAAGGGUGGGCUGCCUGCUGUGGUGUGUCUGCGGUGGGGAGGGCCUUUCUGGCAGAGAUGGAGGGGGAGGAAAUGCUUCCUUUCCCCUCUCCGCGUGGCAGCUCCCUGCUCUCGGUUUCUUCACCCCAAUAAAUACACACUCGUCUCUU